CUCCUCAUGGCAGGGGCGACUGAAAGAAAUUGAAGGGAGGACAAGAAGAAAAGACAUAAAGUGAGAUAUAUCGACAACUACGCUUUACAGGCACAAGACUGUUUUCGCUUUGAGAGGCGGUGUCUAGGACAGUAUGGCAGAUGCUUCGGUUUCGCAAACUCCUGGACCUCCUGCAGAGAGGGAAGAAAUAGUUCGCAAUGAAAAUCGAACCUCGAAUAAUGCGCAGUCAUCAGAACAACACCAAACUGUAGCAAAGCCCGUCAAGACUGAGCAAGGACCACAGGACGAAUUCACCAAGUCCACAUUUACAUCAGCACAGAAGCUGCUUAGAGAGCAGAGGUCGCUUCUGGCAAAGUUUCGCCAAGAAAAUCAAGAAUUAAGGGACAAGAUUACUGAACUAUCUACCGCCGGUUUUGAUGAAGAUCAGAACUCCAUAGGAUCACUCGCUCUUGUGGCAAAGCUUGCUGAAGAAGCAGAGACAUUCUCUGCUAAAAUAGAAGUAGAGAAACGAAAGAUUGGAGAGCACGACAAGAAACUCAAAGACUGCUAUGAGCUGAUCGAAGAAAAGCGAGAUUUUCUCGCGAGAACAGAGACGGAUACGCACAUGCGCAAGCAGGUUCAAAGACUUAAUGACAACUUGGAGCUUGUCUCACGAAAAUACGCUUCUGAGAUCACUGAGAACAAGAAAGCCAGAUCUAACAUCAACGAAUUGCGAAGAGAGAGGAAAAGAUUCAAACAAAUCAUGUCGCGCACCAAAGCUCGGCUGGCGAUAGUGGAGAAGCAGAUACAGGAGAUCAUCGGUGAAUCUCAAGCAUUUCUGGUGGAAAGAGCUGAAUAUGCUUCAAAAAUUGAAGAACUUCAGCAUAAUGCAGACACGGGGCACAGAGAGUUUCUCUCGCAAUGCAGAGAGCUGAAGCAAGUGAUACGAGCCUUUGACCUCAUCGAGGACAAUCUGAACAAAGGGGAACCAUCUCCUCCGUAUCAACUUGGAAGCAUGACCGCAGAACAGGAAGAGGACUUGAGACGCAAAGUCGUCAAGGGAAAAUGGCAACUGGCAAAAGAAAAAGCGAUGACCGAUCUGCUCAAGGAGCAAGCUCAAAGUUUUGAGGAAGCCUUCGAAAAGCUGCAGUCUGCAACGGGAUACGCCAAGAUAGAGGACUUUGUCACGCAAUUUAUUCAAUACGAAGAGCUUAAUUUUCAUCGUUUUCAGUAUCUGCACAGUUUGAACAUGGACAUUGAGAAACUGGAGGACGAAAUCGAAGGACUGAACCUUGAAGCUACUCAAACUGAAAUGCAGUUUCAAGGAAAAAAUGAUCAUUGGAAACAGUUGAGGGAUGACGCGAUCGCAAAAGUUGAAAAGCUGGAGGAGCAAGAAAGGGAGAUCGAAGAAAAGAUAGACAGAAGUCAGACACUGCUUGAGCAACUGAUGCUGGCAUCACGCAGCAUCUGCAGACGGGUCAACAUAUCGGAUAAAGAGCUUCAUGAAAAUGGAAUUGAGGACAAUGCAGACCCGAUCACAGUCAUGAUCAGUCUUCUCGGGAAAGUUGAAAGCAGGGCAGUCCAGCUUCUCAAGUUCACUCCUCACCUGCACACCCACAAGGACUCUGCACAUCGGCACCAUUUUCUGUCAGAGAGUACAGACAACAAUGAGCAUGAUGAGAAAGAGACUGCUGCUGGGACCAUGGAUGGAGCUCCAGUUCAUCUUCGACCUCGAGCCCCGAGUGUGAGAGAGAAUGAUGCGUUUGACGACGAGGAUGAGCCGAUCAACUCGCAAACCCUCAGACAGAAGCUCACUGGCAUGGAGGAUGAACUGCUACGCGCUGCACUUGAGAAUGCCGAUGAGUACAGAGCAGACGCUCCCAAGGACGUGCUGAAGAUGCGAAAUAUGAAGGGCGCUGGUCCUCGUGGAGGCAACCUUGCCAACAGUCCUGGAUCGUUCAAGCGGCUCACUUCACAUCCUCCUAUGCCGGCGCUGAACGUCAGCAACAUCACCGCAACUGGAAGUGCCGGAACUCUUUCAUUGAGCUCUACGCAUACGUCGCCAUUGUCCAAGAGGUGAUAUCAUUCAAGAUCAGAAACUGGAGGAGCUACAGUCACGACCAAUCGGAUGUGGACUGUGACCAUAUCAACGGAGGAAGUGGAUUAUGAGCCGUCUGAUUGACCAUGCGCCACUUACUGUCCUGUUUAAAACUUUACACCU